AAAGCUCAGUGCUCGGCUCGUGGCGGACGCGAGCAGCCGAGGGUCGCGGACGGCCGGCGGACGACGGGCGCGCACGGACACCGGACAUGUGCGCAAUAUGGACGUGUGGAGCGGCCGCCCGCCCGCCCCCUGCGUACGCGCACCACCGCCCUUGAACAUUGAGCCCCGCCACGAUUUUGCUCUUACUUUCUUUGAGAGCAAAGACGAACCGCCGGCGCCGCAGCCAAAGCAAGGGCCGCAGCAGUACGCGGCGGACAGCGCGAGCGCGGGCGGCGGAAAGGCCGCGGCGCCGUGCAAGGUGUGCGGGGACAAAGCUUCCGGGUACCACUACGGUGUCACUUCAUGCGAAGGCUGCAAGGGUUUCUUCCGAAGGAGUAUUCAGAAACAGAUUGAGUAUCGCUGUCUCCGAGACGGCAAGUGUCUCGUCAUCCGGCUGAACAGGAACCGCUGCCAGUUUUGCAGAUUCAAAAAGUGCUUGGCGGUAGGAAUGAGCCGCGACUCGGUACGGUAUGGACGCGUCCCAAAGCGGCCCAGGGAGGCGGUGAACUCCGAGGGCAUGCAGGACCUGGCGAGAAACCUCACCGUGUCCACACCGGUGGCCGGUGUUGACGACUUAGACCCAGACGCUCUGCGGUUGGGCGUGGUCAAGGAACUGAUCAAGCUGGUCACGGCAGCACAUCGGAGCAACAACACCUACACCGAAGAGCUGAGGCGCACGCUCCCACACCACCCCAUCGUGCUCCAAGCUGAAGAUUCCGACAAUGAAGGAAGCGGCGGCGAGGAGGCCGCCAGUUCGACGACUGACCGCGUGACUGAUGUCCGCUCGGUGCUCUGGUACAACGUAGCACUCCGAAUGACGCCUGGUGUACACCAGGUUGUCGAAUUUUCAAAACGACUACCUGGAUUCCACACCCUGCCCCAAGACGACCAGCUCAUACUCAUUAAGCUAGGAUUCUUCGAAGUAUGGCUGACGCGUGCCACCCGUCUUUCCACUAACACCAGUAUCGUCUUCGACGACGGCACCGCUAUAACGCAAGCACAACUCGAGGUUGUUUAUGAUGCUCCGUUUGCGACGGCGAUGUUUAACUACGUGCGCUCCAUGAUGAGACUGAGGAUGACCGAGGAGGAGAUGGCUAUGUACACUGGCUCUUUGCUGCUGUGCCCGCAGCGGGCUGGACUUUCCGCGACUGAUCGCAUCGAUACGUUGCAUCGAACUAUAAGCGAAUCUUUCCAUCAUAUUAUAGUUAGCGAGGCGGGCGAGGCCAGCGCGGCAUUCGCGAGGACUGACGCCUUCUCGACGGGCAUACAGCAGGCGCGCGCGCUUGGCAAACGGCACAACGAGCUGCUGGCAUGGUGCCGCGACCACUGGCCCCGCCUCGUGCUGCCCGCGCUCUUCUCAGAGAUCUUCGACAUACCCAAGUCGGAGGAGCAGGAGCCCACCGAGACCGAGCGCGCCGUGCCCACCCCGCAAGUGCACACGCCUCUUUAAAUCCCUUCGCUUGUUCUAGUACUCCUUGACGUCCUUGGAGACAGUA